AUGUCUGCACGCCGCUUCUCUGGUCCUCCGGCUGCCACUGUGGCUAUCAAGUUGGAUGCUGCCCGCCCUCGCGCCAACUCUGAGCCUGUAGCCAAGUAUGGUGCCAUUGGCUUUUCUCCUGAAGAGAGAGACAUUGCUCGUGCCCUUCACCUCCAGACCAACACCUUCUCCAACCGCGGUCUGGCCGAGAAGUCGUGGUUGCUUCCUCUCGUGGAGUCUCCAUUCAUCCCUUCUCCCAUUCCCGAAGAGCCAGAGCAUCUUUGCGAGAAGGUCCAAGACCUCAUCGUCACCGACAAGGGUGAAUUGGAGUGGCUCGCUUGCGCCCAGGAGCUCCCCUCCUCAGCUGGGCAACCAAUUUGCCAGACGUUUUUGGGACUUCUUCUCUCUCUACAGACUGAUUUUCGCCUUCACCAUCCUUGCCAACCUCGCUGGCAUCACCUUGGCUACCCCUUUCAGCAGCAUUACCAGCUCAGACGCCGCCACGGGCGCUGCUGUCAACCUCUGCAUUGCCGUCCUUGUGCGCAAUGA